AUUGUGGUCUGAAGGGUCAUUUGAUGUCCCUGUCACAGAAGGACGAAACUUUAAAAAAAUCUAUUCCCAUUUUUCCUUUCCCCGUUCUCGCAUGCCUUCGCUUCUGAUAAAUCGAGGAGAAACAGCAAACCACUCUCUCUCUCUCUCUCUCUCUCUCUCUCAUACUCUGUUACUGUGAGAUUGCACUCAGCCCUCUACAUACUUCGCUAUGUACUGCUCUGAAAUCUGAAUACUUGGAGAGGGUUUAAUCAAAAAGUCAUUUCCAGUUUUAUCUAUCGUCAUAGGCCUGAGAGAAAAAAGUAUAAAACCCUACACGGGGAUUGCCUAAUUUUGUUGUAUAAAACGUUCCACUUCAUUUGGUGUGCCAAUUUUCAGGGAUUUUUUUCUUAAUGCCAUGAAGAGGGCAAUGCCAUGGAGCAACCAGGUGGAUGUUUUGUCAUCAGAUUCAUCUUCCUCAGACUCAGAUUCAGAAACUGAUGAUGGGACUGGUAAAGCAAAUCCAAGUGAUAAGAACACAAGCAGUAAACCCACCAAGGAAGAUACAUUGGAAGAUACAGCCAAGACUGGAAGAUCAAAGAGCAAUGUUAUAGACUUCAAAGCUUUAAGUGAGCAUGGCUACAAAGGUGGUCCCUCAAUAUUGAACAUGCCCACACCAAAGGAGAUGGACAGGGAGCCGAACUGGUCUUGGUCUACCGGCAAGGAAAAACCUGUGGACAAAGACACUGAAGAAUCUUAUGAAGAGCGACAGAGAACCAGAGCUGCAUUGGCUGAGGGAGAAAAGCUGAUAAAUGUUCAAACUCGGAAGGACAAGAAUCUUUCUUUUUCACAGAAGGAGAAGAGGAAGAGAGAACUCGGUCAGGCCAGUAGGGGAAAGAAUUAUGUCGAAGAAGAGAAAAGGUUGUUGAGGGAUAGUGGUGUCUACUCUGGCUUUGAUGCUUGAUUUUCCAUGCUUAUGUGUACAAUUAUAGAAAAAUGCAAAAACUAGACCGUUGAGACAUCCUGCUACUUUUGUCCCAAAGGAUGGUUUGCUGUAGAAAAGGAAAGAAAAGCUUUAGUUGCACCUUGUUAGUGAGUAGAACUGUAGAGUUGUUUGCUCUGGCUUUCAUUUGGAGGACCUGGAUUUGUCCAAAAUAUUGAUGACUCUAUUUCUCUUGCUUUUCAACA